AAUCCAUAUUCAACUCCAACUUCUUCAAACAAAUUCACAUCUCUCUAAUCAGAUCUUACCCAAAGAGAAAAUAAUUCUCUCGAAGAACUAACAAACAGUUUGCUAGAUCUCAAGGUUCAUCGAUACUACUGUCACUACUUAUUUAAACAUUAUUAUGGAUGAGAUUGAAGUUCCUUCAUUCUUUCUCUGCCCAAUCUCACUAGAAAUCAUGAAAGAUCCGGUGACCCUCUCGACGGGGAUCACCUACGACCGAGAAAGCAUCGAGAAAUGGUUGUUUUCUGGGAAAAAUGAGUUUUGCCCAGUAACCAAACAGCCCAUUCCCGACUCUGAGUUGACCCCAAACCAUACUCUCCGACGUCUGAUACAAGCUUGGUGCACCAUGAACGCGUCACACGGAAUCGAAAGGAUUCCGACUCCAAAACCGCCAGUCAACAAGACCCAGAUAAUCAAACUCAUCAACGAUGCCAAAUCUCCUCAGUCUCAGAUCAAAUGCCUCCGGAGACUUCGGUCAAUCGCCGCCGAAAGCGAAACCAAUAAACGUUGCUUGGAAGCCGCCGGCGCCGUUGACUUCUUAGCCUCUUUGAUAGGAAACAACGACUACAUGAAUCACAACGAAGAAAACGACAUGUCGUUUACUGAACACUUCGCGAGAGCCAGCGACGAAGCCCUGUGCAUAUUAAACAACCUCCAACUCUCCGAAACAGUGCUCAAGAAUCUCAUGGCGAGAAACCUAGGGUUAGUGGAAUCCUUAACCAAGGUCAUGCAACGUGGGACUUGCGAGUCGAGAGUUCAUGCAGUGGUGUUAUCGAAAUCACUACUCGAAGUUGCUGACCCGAUGAAAAUAAUCGGGUUGAGAGCCGAGUUCUUCGUCGAGUUAGUCCAAGUUUUGAAGGACCAAGAUCAGGUUUCACGGACAGCUUUUAAAGCAGCGCUCCAGCUCUUGAUCCAGCUCUGCCCUUGGGGGAGAAACCGGAUCAAGGCCGUUGAAGCCGGGGCUGUACCAGUCUUGAUUGAGCUUCUCUUGGAGACUAACUCCUCUGAGAAGAGGCGGUGCGUGGAAGUGGCCAUGGCAGUGCUUGACUUGCUUUGCGGCUGCGCUGAGGGCCGUGCUGAGUUCCUACACCACAGCGCAGGGUUGGCCAUGGUGUCAAAGAAGAUACUUAGGGUUUCGCAAGUGGCGAGCGAGAAGGCUGUUAGGAUUCUCUACUCGAUUUCCAAGUUUUCAGCCACUACCGGAGUUUUGCAGGAAAUGCUGCAGCUGGGAGUGGUGGCCAAGCUUUGUUUGGUGCUUCAAGUUGAUUGUGGAAGCAAGACCAAAGAGCGGGCAAGAGAGAUUUUGAAAUUGCAUGCUAGGACAUGGAAGAAGUCCCCUUGUGUGCCUACCAACUUGCUUUCUUCAUAUCCAGCUUAGAGAACUUAACAAAGAGAACAAAAUUAGUCUCUUCACUUAAUUUCUCAAUUUUGGUUUUCCCCCCUUUUGAUAAUUAGUGUGUAUAUAAAUAUUGAUUGGGAAUUGGAUAUAUACUCUGGAAAAUAAAUAAAAAAUUGUUUCUUUAACUCCCCUCAUGUAUUUGGGGAGUUCAUAAUAAUAAAAUGAUCAUCAAAUUGAUCGUAUAUAUUCCUCUUCUA